AAAUAUGCAGAAUCCCAAAGCACCAUGGUUGAUGGGAAGAAUGAGGUCAGGCAAUCUAGAGCCUCUAGGAAGACAGCAACUGUUAAAAAGCAUAUGCCCAAUAAAAUCUUAGGGAACAUAAACAAAAGAAACUUCAUGGGUGAGACCAAACUUCAUCAAGCCUCAAAAAAAGGAGAUUUACAACUAGUUAAUGCUCUCAUUGAAGCUGGAAUAGAUGUAAACCAGAAAGAUAAUGCAGGUUGGGCAGCAAUACAUGAGGCUUCCUGCAGGGGUUACACUGAAAUAAUCCUGGCAUUGCUUCAAGCAGGUGCUGAUGUCAACAGCAAAGGACUAGAUGGGAUCUUACCUAUACACGACGCAGUCUUUUCCAAUUGUUUUAAGGCUGUUGAGCUUUUGCUGGAGUUUGGUGCAGAUCCCUAUGAAAGAGAUACAAACCAGGAAAAUGCUUUUGACAAAUGUUGCAGUGAUAAGAUGACCGAGCUCUUAAAACCACACAGUGCAGUCAAAGAAACAACAGCAAUAAGUGCAACUCCAGGAACUGAAACACAGCCUAAAAUUGUAUCCAGUACCCAGAACUACAAAACACGAGAGAAAUGUGCCAUGUUCUGUCAUGCACAGGAAACUCUCGCCACGUUACAAGAAACAGAAAGGAGACAAACAAAACUGCUGUCAACAGAACUACAAACAUCUAAAGACUCAGAGAAGUAUAUUGAAGAAAUGCGUUGUAUUCAAGAUGUGCUGAAUAAAAUCGUUAUCCUUCAGAAAAAUGAAAGAGACAUACUUGCAAAAAAAUACAGGGCAUCUGUGGAUUCGUUUAGACAAGGAAUAUUAAGAGACAAAAUAGCUAAACUGGCGACCAGACAGAAAGUAUUGCUGAGAGUAGUUGGUAAUCAGAAAGAAGUGGCUCUGAGAAUAAUGGCAUACCAACAAGCCAAGAGGUCAGAUGCUGAUAAUGGAGAGAAGAGCUCGUCACUACGUGAUUGGGAUACAGCUCCUAGAAGGAAUCCGAUAGCUGCUUUAUGUGCAGCUAAUGAAAGGCUCAAUGCCAACAUUGCUAAUGGAAGCACCAUGGUAACAAACAUGCCAGCAGUGUGUAGAGUGGCACACAGUGAAAGUAACCAAUCCCACAGAUCACUUAUGAGAGACAUUUCAAGCUCUGUUUCUAGUGAUGCCAUGGUAUCUGAAAGGACAGUGCAGCAGAGCUCCAUUAUGUCAUCAAAUCAGGUGCCAGUGAGUACAGAAAGCGGCUUAUUUUCCUCCAUCUCCCCCAGAAAAUCUCAUGAGGAAGCAAAUGAUCAUUUAGAAUGUACAGCACCAGGAAGUAAUUCCCCUAAUCCCAUUUCUAUAAAUGACACAUUAAAUAUUACAGACAAGAUCAACAUUAAUGUCAAAACGAUUAAGCACCAGAUAAGAGCUGAAAUGCAUCAGACUGCUCUUGCAGGACAGCAUCUGCAAAGACCUAACUGUGAAGAAGCCACUUUCCAGGCAGUUAUGUCUGGUUCUAGCAUGUUGGGUGGUGUAUCAGGCAAUGGAAAGCCUCAAAACCCAGUCACACGGCACAGAAGAACCAGCUGGGAGCAAUGCAUCAACCCCUACGCUGAGGGCAAGCGGUCACCUAAAAGACAACAGAGAUAUGUAGCAGCGGAGAGAAAGAUAAGAAAAGUUCCAAUGAAAACACUUAUAAAAACGGGAAAGCUGAAGCCAGGGGAUGAUGUCCUGUGCUUCCAGUUACAGGACUACAGCCACAAAGCUUCUUUACUGCCCGAUGGGCGUAUAAAAGAUUGUUCUGGGGCAAUGUACCGCGAUCCAGCUCAGUGGGUAAAGGCUCUCCUAGGAAGUAACAUUGCCGUGAAUUGGAAAUAUGUAGCCAAUAAGGUCACAUACUUAGGGGAAAAACUGACAAGUCUUAUGAAACAGGAGGACUUUGCUCCAAAGAAAUGUAAUCACUAUGCCCUGCAAGACCAAACUAAUGUACUGCAACAACAUCAAGCACAUACAGGACUGCAGCAUCCGUCAGCACAUACAGGACUGCAGCAUCCAUCAGCACAUACAGGACUGCAGCAUCCGUCAGCACAUACAGGACUGCAGCAUCCAUCAGCACAUACAGGACUGCAGCAUCCAUCAGCACAUACAGGACUGCAGCAACAGCCAGCACCACAGGAACUAUCAGCAUGUACAGUGUUGCAGCAAUGUCCAGCACAUACAGUACUACAGGAACGUUCAGCACAUACAGUAAUACAGGAACGUCCAGCACAUACAGUAAUACAGGAAACUCCAGCACAUACAGUUCUGCAGGAAUGUGCAGCACAUACAGUACUACAGGAACGAUCAGCAUGUACAGCGCUGCAGGUGAAAGAAAUUUUACUCAUUGAUAAAAGUGAAUACUUCCCAAGCCACAUAAUGGAUCAGUAUUGGGAAGAAUUCAUGACCAGUGACAGUCAGGACCUUUAAAGUAAAACUUGAGAUCAAAGUAAUGUAUAAUAUUUUGAAUGUUACAUGUUCUCUAAGUGUUCUAGUUUGUAUCUCCUCUGUUUACUUUGUUGUCCUAGGUCACCGUAGAACAAAGAAGAGUCAGCUUGUGACAUUCAACAGCUCUCAUACCUAAACUAGAUUCUCACCUCAGUUUCCUAAAGCUAUUUCAUAGUCAUUCCUCCAAUGUACGGGUUUAAGCAGGUUGAUAGGGUUGGUCUGCGCACUGUGAAUCUUCAGCUCAGUAAGUGGCAGCUGUAGGGACAGUUUCUAGAUUGCUAAUGUUAGAUCUUAACCAAAUAAAAUGUACUGACUACAGUUGUUGCUUUUCUAAAUGAAGCAAUGAAACAACGCUUUGGUGUUUCCUUCUAACAAAAGAAUUUUUUUAGGGUUUUCUUGUUUUUCCAACUUUUGCCUGAUUUAUGUGGACUAUGAUUGGUAAUAGUAACCUGUCCAAAGCGUGGCAAGCGAAAGCGAGGGUACAUGUUUCCAUUGAUUUUGCUUAGAAAUUGUUAAAUAUACAAAAUGACACUAAAAACGUGUCGACCAUUGUCUUGUCGACCUUUGCACCUGUUUACCUCACCCACUUUCUACCUGUCACCUGUUGACCUCUUGACCCUGUCAACAUAAUGCUUAUCAACAAUGUGGGAUCUAGACAGUGUAGAUCUUCUAUACCACACACAUUUCAGCAUGUCCAUGCAAUCUGUCCUUGCAAUAUCUAUCAAAGUACUGAUGACACAAAAUAAUGUUGAUGGAUAUACUGUAGAUAUAGGGGGUAAUUCCAAGUUGAUCGCAGCAGGAAAUUUUUUAGC